CAGGAGCAGCCGUCCUUCGUUUCAUGUGCUGGUUUCCCUCUGGGGACCCACGGCAGUGCGGAGGUCGAUUCGCUGACUCUCUGUCCCCUCCCAUCGGCGUCCCCUGUCGCCGUGCGCGGCCACACCUGCAUUAAACGGGGGAAGUCCGUCCGGUGAAGAGGCAGAGAGACUGUGGGCUUUCACCGAGAGCGAAAGGGGGGGAAGCGCGGCACCCACGGCACCUUCAUUGCUCCGGACCCUCUCAUCCAAAAGACGGCUGAAGGUAUGCGGCGACAUACGGCUGUGGGACUUUGAAGAUCUGGACAACGGGCUGGGAAUUACCGAAAAGAAACCGAGAGCAGCUACUGCGCGGAGCUGACGGUAUUCAGUGUGAACAGCUCAGCGCACAGGUUUUCCCUUGUGAUGCCUGGCAGAGUGAGGACAGUAAUACUGACUCGGCCAUUGUCUCAUCACUGGUUCCGGACACAGCGAGGCUCCCCGAGUGCCUUGCCUGUCCAUUGUGACUAGAGAAGAGACGAAAGAUCCAGCUUGUCUGCAUAAAGACCUAUUCAGCAUCAUUCUUCUUUGCCAGCCACCUUUGUUAUACCAGGAACAAGAGUGAAGUCUCAGCGCUAUCCUUAGCCCCUAGCCUUUCCCUCCGUCCUCUGUCCCUUUGCUUCUAACACCCUUAUCCCCAACCCACUUCCCUGAACCCCUUUCCCACUCCCCAGGCCCAGUUUCAGCCCCAUUCGGAGUCCCAGAUGACUGCUCAGAAACAUCCGUUACCCUCCCACUCCACACGAGCCUUCUUUCCUCUCCCUCCAGCCCCCGUGGCGCUUGGCACCGAUGCCCAUCACAUAGACAGAUGGAGCCAACCCUGACCCCUCUCUUCGCCCGUGGGGACGCCAAGAGAAUCAACGCCUGACUAGAGGAGAAGAGGGUGGGUGUGAGUGUAAAAGGGGGGGGGGGACAGGAAGUACAGCAUUGCUUUGUCACCACGGCAACACAUCGUCUAAUCUCCCAUGGACUCCCCUUCAGCCCGUCCCGCCGUCCUGAGAUAAAAAUGCCUUUAAAAAUGCACACAGCAGGAAAUUUAGCAGCAGGAGCAGAAGGAUCUAUCUUUUUUCUGACAUAUUUUUGCUUUGAUUAUUUGGCACUGAUGCCUUGUUCUACAUUUGUGCAGUAAGAGGACGUGAAGAUUGAAAAAGAAAAUUCUAAAUAUAGCAAACAUCAUUUAGAGGAAAGCAAAUGAACUCCAAAUACUGAAGGAAAGGCUGUCUAUAGCACAACAAGUUUGGUUUUGAGCCCCAAACGUCCUCUUCCCCUCCAGUCUGUGUGCUCCAGAGUGAAUUCACAGAAGUUGCAACAGCCUGGCAAACAAUAUUUCAGCUUUUUUUUAAACAGCAAACAAGCCACUUCUCAUUGUGCUGUGCUUACCUGAAUAAAGCUGUUUUCUCUUUUUUUUCCUCUGACAGUCAAAACGUAACACGCAUUGCAUUCCAGUCCGAGCUUCCCUGGAUGUCAACGCAUGCUUUUAUCUGCUGUAAGCUACCACGUUCUGCACUGCACCCUUGCCAAGCACUCAAACAUCCACUUCGUUUUGGGGUUAUUGCACUUUCAUUCUCCCACCUGAGUCCCUGCACUUUUCUUUCUUCUUUGGUAUUUUUAAAAUAUGCAAAAUUUUGCCAACUUCACUUUCUUUGGAUGCUUUUGCUCUCUUCUAUCAAACUCUGCUGACCGGCACUCUGAUUAGCAUACGAUAUCCCGACAUCCAACUUUAAAAAGAACCCCUCAUCAACAGUAAAACGAGGCACUAAUGGCCGGUGAAAUGAAUUCAGCUGGCCGACAUAACAGAGGCGGGAAUACCGGAGUCCCAAAGCUUCCCAGGUGACUGCUACCAACUGACACUUUAGUCGAUGUGUGGAUUCUUUGAUUCAGAAACUAACGCAUUAAGGAUGACUGGGAUCUGCCUCUGUAUCCGGUGUUAACUACAAGAAAAACUACAAGAAACUCCAUGAAUUUUCAGGAACGAUACAUCCAAACUAACUUUGUGGAACUUUUGAGUACAAACCAUUGUGGAUAAAAUACAAUACACUGAUCUCAGUAAUUUGUUUUGAACAUUUUUGGGGAAUUACAUUUACCUUCUUUUUAGAUUUACUAAUUUUGAGCAAAUUCCCCCAUAAAGCUUCUGGAAUCUCUUGCUUGUCCUGAUCGACCUGCAGUAACCUUUGGUAGAUUAAAGAAGGACCAACGUAACCUUGUGGAUUCUUUUUCCCUCAUUGUGGUGGUGGUGGCAUCCUCCUUCAGCAGGCUGGGAGUACCACUACAAUGCCGGAGCUGGACAACCUUCCCCCCGCGAGGGAAGCCAGGAGUCCUGAACUGGGCCUUAAUGGUCCAGCAGACCCAGCACAGAUUCAGCACAGCAUCCUAGAGGAACAAGUGGAGCUGUGGUGGUUCAGAGAUCCUGGAAAGUCUGUCCUCUGCUACUGCGUCGCUGUGAUUCUCAUCCUGGGUUGCGGACUCGGGGGCGUCGGCCUUCUUUCGACUACCACCAGCGUCUCGAGUGAGUGGCGGCUCGGUACGGGCACAGCUUUGUGCCUGCUAGCCUUGGGAGUCCUGCUCAAACAACUUCUCAGCUCAGCCGUGCAGGACAUGAAUUGCGUUCGGAGCCGACAGCGGAUCGACAUGCUAAAGAGCGGCGGUUUAUCCGACCUUCUAGUGGUUUUAAUUACCGGGCUGUCACUGUUGAUUUGUGGAGGGGUUCUACUGCGUCUGGCCCUUGCCAACCAUAUGCCAAAGCCUGGCCAAGCCCUUAAUGACAUGUACAUUUCUGGAGUGGUUUUGCUGGCUGGAGGUGGAGCUGCAGUUGUGGGUGUUGGGAUAUACUCUGUAGUGGUGAUCCUUCUUGAGAGGACGAGGCACGGACGGCGGUUUGUAGACCGGGUUUUGCACAUCUUCACUGUUUCAGGACAUAUGGACCGUCAUGCUCGAAGAGAGACUACCUCCAGUUUGGCUAACCUUAUAUGAGAUGCAACCCCAAUAAAGCUUUUUUUGCCCACUGGCUCAACUAAAUUAGAACUGGCUUUAUGCCCAGACACAGAUUCAUACCAUACAUGCUUCCGCAGACUGUGUACGAGAUAAAAUAGUUGAGUGUGUAGUAUAUUCUUAGCGAACACGUUAGUUAUUGGCAGUCAGAUCUCUGUGAGUAAGGAUGCAAAAAUGGAAAAUGGCAGAAGAACUGAACACUGCUGUACAAGGUGAUGGUCAGCUUUUUAUCGAUAGUGGGUAAAUGUUACUCCAUUCUCACAGGACAAAUGCUAAACAGCAUGGAGAAGACACACAAAACAACAACAAAAAAAUAUUUAAGCCAAUUCUGUUAAAUUACAAGCACAAUUUUUAUCCCACAGGAGAAGCAAGCUGCAACUGAGAACAGCUAACCUACGGCGGGAGUAAAGUCCAUGAAUGAACUUUGAGCUAUUCCCUGUCUAUAAAUUCCAAGAACUGUAAGCCUACAACCAAACAAACCCAUCUUGUUCUCUAAAAGAUGAAGUAAUGUUUUUUUGAGGUCUCAUUUGGAGGGCAGCACAUUCAAAUUUAUGCAUGUGAUUUGCAUCUGUGAUCUGCUUUGUAAAAUUGACUAGGGACCACACAUCUGACCACUUCCUGCUCACUGAGGCUCUCGUAGUUGCGGAUGAGAGUGUCAUCUGAAUGGAUGAAAUGGAAAUUGAAUAAGAUGGAAUCUGCAAGAAAUGGGACAGUAUGAACAUGAACAAGUCCUAUUUAUAAUUUUUGAUUUAUAUCCCAUCCUCAUGAUCUUCGUGAAUAUGUGAAAAUAUUGCCUCUGCAAUUUCUGGAAUGAUGAAUACGAGGGAUUCUUUGGGAGUUUUAUUGCCUCGGUUUAAUAAUAAUUUAACAAAAUUCAUGCUGUGGAGAUAUAGUGUUUGUGGCAGCCUGUCAAAACAAAGACAAUGUGAUUGUUGGAGACUUGUAUCACAGCACUUUAGAAUGUAUGAAUAACUUGUGUUUUUUGUGCAUCAACACUGUACUGUCUUAAUUGUGACUCUUGCGGCGCUUUGUUAUCUUAAACCAGUGUUAAUCGAGAUUUUUGAUAUCGUCACGGCAUCGCAUUCCACUGUGUACUGUAAAACACUCACUUAAAAUAACGUGGAAGUCAUAAAGAACAACCACCAAGCUUUGUAGACUCAUUUAGUCUUGCUUUGUUGCAUGGAUUUCUCUCAUUGUCCAGGUGGGCAGCCAGGGUGAGCAUUAGAGUUUUGAUACCACCAAAAAAAGAUAAUGCAAAUCUUGCUGGAUUAAGACUUAAAUAAUAGGAGUUAGUCUCCAGUUCUGAUUUUGUACCCACUAUCUUGUGAUGGCAUCACAUUAGCCACAACAAUUGUCAACAUGUUGUUCACAUUCUCAGCCAUGAAUAGCCUACUCAGUAUUCAUUAUUUCUUUAUUAGAUAAAGAAUUGGCUCAUGGCCGUGCUCAGACUGAGCCUUUAUUCUGAUGUCAGCUACACACUUAAAGUUUCAUGGCUACAUCUUGUGCUGUUGGACAAACCCACGUUCAGCUGCUUUCAUGGUAGUUUCAUCUACAGCUGGUGAUGCCAGGGGCACAUUUUACUGUGAUGGCACUCUAAGGGAAUCUGGAAAACAAUAGCCAGUAUGUUUCAGAGGAAAGGCCAAAAAAAAGGCAUCUGCACUUUAAACUUGGAACCAACACGAAAUGCAGUGAUCCAUAAGGAAAGUUGUGUGUAUGAGCUGUCUAUGGGCAUGCAUUUAUCCAAUCUAUUAAAGGUGUUUCCAACAAGAACAACAUGACAGCAUGGCAGAACUGGCCUCAAGAAGCAAAUACAUUAUAAGUAAGGAUUAUUUCAUGAAUCAAAAUCAAUCAGUGCCUCCCACCUAGCCAACUUAGAAUCAACAUUUUUCUUCAAAGUACAAUCAUUUCAUUACCUUUGACAUAGCUAUGUGAAAUUUUACCUUUAAAAUGUGAAUAUUUUCUGAGUUACAAUCCCUCAAAGUACAUAUUGGAUGGGUUUGUGUUUUGUGCUUUUUAAUUUACAGUUUUUCCAGCAAGUACAGGAGAUGAUUUUGAAGAAAACACAUUUAAGCUUUGUUAAAAAUCACAAUAGAAUCACCUUUUCAACCACUCCAAGUGACACAAUGCGAAGCUAAAAUCUUUUUGUUUAUCAUAAAUGUUUUUUAAUAACCAACUCUGAGCAUUAAUCUCUUGGGAUAUAUUAUAGUUUCAGUGACAAAACUAGGUAAAUUUAAUGUCUAUCACAUAGAGUAGCAGAAACAAGCAUUGGCACCCUGGAUGUUUUAUCUACUUUCUGGCAAUCCACUGGUGAAAACUUCAGAAGGUGCCUUUUGGGAAAAACUUUCCAUGGGUCACAUGACCGUGUGGGAUACUUGGCUGGUCAAAACAUGCUGUUGAAUCUGAAAGCUCUCAUUCCAACUCUCCUUUUGGCACUAGGCUCAUCUUCUAGCCAUGAUUUCCUUAAAGCUUUAGGUGAUCCUGAAAAGAUGGUCCAGAAUCUUUGGAAUGAGGAUGCAGAAGAUCACCUUGAUUGCAGAUGCUUUUUAUGAGAGAUCUUGCUGACCGUUUCCUUGUGGGCACCAUGUCAUGUCUCUUUGCGUUGCCUAACUAAACUUUAGAGAACAACAUCCAGUUGGUGUGACACUCGCACUGACCUGCUGGCUCAUUACUCAGAUCAUGCAUUAAUCCAGAUUUUUUUUAUUUACAAUAAAACCCAUUUAGAUACCAAAACUACCAGUAUUGCACUUCUCUAAAUAAUACUCAGACUUUACAAAAAUACACUUUCAAUUUAACCGCGGCGCAUAGCUGGAGGUGUCAUCUGUAGUCUCGGCACUUUGAAUUUAUUAGAUGUGGGCUAUUUCUGGCUCAGAUAAUAAGCCAUAAUCAUUCCUCACAAAGCUGAGACGAAGAAAAAUCAGUGAAAUUAAAUCCAUUGCAUCAGCCUGGCCAGUCAUAGAAUUUUAGUGCACUUGCAAUCGUUUAAACUGGGUUGUCGAUAUGUCUACGUGAGUUUUUCUCUGAAUUGGACAACUCCACGCUAUGCUGCUGAAAAUAUGGCUUUGGUAUCAUUUAAUCCUGCUUGUUUCCAGAAAUUUAAAAAAAAAAUAUUGCAAAAGCAAUCAUGUUUCUUCCUUUUGGAAAAGUUCAUCUGAUACUUUUAAGACGCAAGGACAGAAUCAGAGUAGAAGAUGCAAAAGGUCAUUCAUGUUUGCGAAACGCUUCCGAAGCCUUCGAGAGUCAUUUCUCACAUCGGCUUACAGAAGAACCUAAAAAAUGGCCUUGCAUUGUGUUUCUGUUGUGUGUGCGUAUGUAAGUCAGUAACGCCUCUUAUCUGUCCGCACAUACGCACAGGCUGUUGCCUUGAGACAAAAGGGUCACACAGUUAACCAUUGUUGGUGUGAUGACGGACAGCAAGCUGAAGGCACAAUGCACAACACAGCGAUCUGUAGGGGCUGGCAUAGACCAGCACCACUUUCUUUAAACACACACACAGAAAAAUAAAAUAGCAUAGAUCCUGCUGGAUUUUGACAACAUGCAGAAAUCCUGGGACUUUUACUUACUUUUAGUUUGUCUUUUGACCUGGAGUGGCCUAUACAGUAGAAAUGACUGGCUGUGAACCCAUGCAUGACAGCCAGAAGAGGUGAACAGAGCGAACUGGGAGGCAGUUCUGAUACUGAGGAGAGAGGACUGUGUGGGAGGAGAGGAUUCAGAGCUUUUCUGUCAAGCCAAACAGAAGAAAGAAUACAAAAACUGGACAAAUUGUUUCUCUGCUAUACACUGGAUUUGAAAGACAUUCAGACCGCUCUUCUGCUCGGUGUCGUGUUGUUAAAUUCAUCUUAAAAGGAUAAAAUGGUCAUUCUUGUCCACAUGUUUACACUGCAGUAAAAACAUGUUUUUUUCUGCCAAAGAGUUUUAAAAAAAUCCAAAUUCUAAUUUACUAAAAUAUUUAGACCUUUUACUGUGGCCCUCCAAACUUUGUUCAGGUGCAUCCUGUUUGCUUAAGACUUUCCCCAGAUUGCAUUUGAAUCAAGUUCCCAUUUGAUUCCAAAACUAGGCUCCAUUUUGAACACAGUAUUGCUGAAACCCAGACUUACACGCCAAACAACAUCUGUGGGUGAGACGUGAAGAUGCAUAUAGCGGUCCUUCAAAUUCUACUCACAAUUCUUCUAGUUUAUCGCUGUGCAUUAGCAUGUUGCAUACAUUUAUUCCAAUGACUACUUAGCUGUCUGCAGUCUAACUAGAUAACAAUUACCCCUAACCCCAGGCAACCAAAACAUGCCAUUUUCACUUUUAUUAAAACCAACUCAAUUUUGGCUUUGCACCUAUGAUGACCUUAGUUAGUUAAGGCAUGUAACCAACUGAGAACCUUCACAGACAUGUAACCAUCUUGCUUUAACUUGAGGGCUUUAAAGAAGUUGGGAGUUUGUUUUUGUUUUUAGACCUUUGUGUAAGCCUGACUGUCUCCUAUUUUUCCUGUCUUUAUGCUAACCUAAGUUUACCAGCACAUGGCUUCAGUGUUAUAUGCGGCUCAAAAAACAAAAGAACACUUUUUAAUCAGAGUACAGCAUCGAGUCAGUUUAACUUCUGAGAUAUUGAUCUGGUCAGUUAAGCAGAGAAGGUUUUUAAUUAGUUUCAGCUGCUUUGGUGUUGAUGAAAUUAACAACAGGAGGGGCAACAGUGAGACAACCCCCAAACACAAAUGGUUUUACGGGUGGAGGCCACUAACAUUUUUCCUUCUGAUUGUUUUUUUUGGGGGGUUUUUUCACUAAUUUGGCAUUUGGCUAGGGUCUGCGGUAAUACUACUGGUAACACAAGGCAAGACCUGGACCCUACAGUGGUGAAACAGGUAGUCCAGCUGCUCCAGCAUGUUCCGUUGCCAGAAGGUUUGCUGUUUCUCCCAGCACCAUUUUAAGAGCAUGGAGGAGAUUCCAGGAGACAGACCAUUACUCUAGGAGAGCUGGAAUGGACUUAACUCAUCAGCAGGACUGAUAUCUGGUCUUUUGUGCAUGGAGGAACAGGAUGACCACUGCCAGAGCUACAAAAUGACCUCCAGCAGGUCACAAGUUGUGAAUGUCUCUGAUCAAACAAUCAGAAACAGACUACAUGAGGGUGGCCUUGAGGGGCCGACGUCUGUUAGUUGGCCCUGUGCUCACUGACGGCACCAUGGAGUCCAAUUGUCAUAUGCUGGUGCAGUAGGUCCUGGGUUUCUCCUGGUACACAACAUAUACUGCCACAUGAGGCCAGGCUGUUUGCAGGCAGUAUCUGGAAAAUGAAACAACUGAUACCAAUGACUGGUCCCCACCCUUUGCCUGACCUAAAUCCAGUAGAACACCUCCAGGACUUUGUUUCCAUCCAUCCAGUGCCACCAGGUUGCAUCUCAGACUGUCCCAGAGCUCAGUGGUGCCCCAGUCCAGACCUGGGAGGAUAUCUUCCAGAGCAUCAUCUCAUUAGGAGCAUGCUCUGGUAUUCUCAGAGCUCUGCAAAGGGACCUCCUGUGCCAUUAUGAGUUGCUAAAAUUAAAUUUUGGGAAAAUGCACUAGCCUACCGUGUAAUUUUUUCACUUUGAUUUUCAGGGUGUCUUUGAAUUUAGAUCUCUGUAGGCCGAUUAUUGUCAUUUCCAUCAAACAAUGUUGCAUCAUUUGAAACACAGUACCCAGUCCAUAUCAGCAUAUCUACUGAAAUCUCAUGUAUAUUCAAAAUGCUCCUUUAAUUCUUUUGAUCCAU